AUGCCAGCCCCGAUUGAGUGCGAGAUCUCGGCUGGCCAAGCAAGGCCGAGGAAAAGAGAGAGAGCUCGGUCAGAGGAUCCACUCAAACCGGGCUUAUGUCGGACCUUCUUCCUCUUCCACCCCUCACAACUGCUCUCCCCAGCCUCGCCUGCUCAUCACGGAACCAUGGGCUCCCAGAAAAUUCGAAUGGGACACUCGAAUCGAUUUUGGUAUAAAGCCGGCCCCCUUCUGGCAGUGUCUGUAUCAACCAUCUUCCCUCCUGCUCCCCCCCAUCGGAAGCUUGAAUAG